AUGGUUACCAAGCUUUCUACCAUUUUGUUCGCAAGUGCCCUGGCUGGAACUCAUGACUUUGGGUUUAAUUGCUACCCGGGUGUCCAAGGGACUUGUGAUAGGCCUGCGUGUAGUGGGAUCAGGGAUAUUGGUGAAUUCACUAAUUGUUGUCUUAAGGAGUCAUUAGACGGUUCCUGGAUCAUGGUAUCGGAUAUUUACAAAGGAGAUACGAAGGAUGAGCUUUGUGGGACUGUGGGUCCUAUCAAAGCAGGUGAUCUCUUCACGAUAUCUCCUAAAAUUCCAUCACCGUGGUCAGUUGACAUGGUGAAUCUUACCACUCAUGGCACGCUUGAGGAUUUGGUUCUAGUCAAUUGUAUGAGUACAUUAAAGUUCACGAGCUAUACGUUGGCUGAAGGUGCGGAUGAAGCACAAUUCAAGGCUGCUGUGUGCGAUGACAAGAAAGCGCCAGAUGAGAGGGUGGCUACGAUGACAGAGUGGAGGCCUAUAUUCGACGUGCAGGAGAGUGCCUUGGACAACAUCAUAUUUAUAUUCACUACGCCUGACGCUGGUGAUUACAUAACUAUCCAUGGCGAUACGACGAAGUGUAAGGACAUCGAUUACACGAGUAUAUCGGUGGAAUUCGCAGCCCUUGCCCACCUCGGUAUGUAA